AUGAAAGAGAUACAUUUAAGCUCUUCUAUUUUGCAUGAUAGCGAUCCAUCUACAGAAAACUAUCAUGAACAUGCUCUACUGCAGGAACAACCUUCAUGGAAGAAAUUGCUAUACUUACAACAGCCAUUUCCAGAUAAUUAUACUGAUCAAUCUUUUUUAUCUCAAUUGAAAAGAAACACAACCGUUGCCAAAUAUUCCUAUAAAAACUUGGUACAGGCGUUUUCAUUUAUUGUUUUCUAUAUUUCAUGCAUUCUUUUAGUUAUUUUGAUGUUUAUUGGGAUAUACGAGAAGCAAUGGGAUCCCAUAAUACCCACAUUAAUUAGCACCGGUAUUUCCCUAAUCGGUUUCUUUACAUUAAACAAUUUAUCGAUGAACAUGAGAUCGUUGAUGGUGAUUACUUUUAUACUCCUAAUUGUGUCUCCAAUAUUGAAAUCACUAACAAAGUCCACUUCUUCAGACUCGAUUUGGGCAAUUUCUUGCGUGUUGUGUUUAGCCAAUUCAAUAUUUCACGACUAUUCAAUGAAAGUGAGUUAUCGACCAAUAGUUUCCACAAAUAUCUCUUUAUCAAACGCUAUUGUGUUGGCAUCAAGAUUGAGCACAACAUUAGAAGUAUUUUUGUUUGUGUUGUUUGCCAUUGAAGUUAACAUACUACUACCGUUAUUUGAUGCAAAGAUACGACUCCUGGGUCUAGAAGCUAUACAUUGGACAAUAGCGUUUCUCACUUUCAAUUUGGCUAGUUAUUUAGUGUAUGUUUUGUUGAACUAUAAGUUUUUGGUUUAUUGGGUACUAUCGGUUUUUGUGAUGGUGGUCAUCAUGCCUAUGUAUUUCUUGUCCUUGCAGAGGUAUAAGAACGAGAUACAAGGACCAUGGGAUGUUGCAAAACCAAAGUUCAUGAAGUCAGGUAUACAAAACUGA